AUGGUUACAGAGACUUCAACCUGGAUCGAAUACUCCAUGAAGAGCUCGAUGAUCAACCCUGAACCCUCCGAAACCGUCAUGUGGGGCCAGGACUUUCUCCAUGUCCCUCAACCUCACGUCAACCUCCCUCCCCAAGCCUUCCAACCCCCAGUUCAGCAGCCCCAAUCCGUCCCCAUCGCAACUGCCCCGGCGCAUCGACAAGACCCCAAAAAAGAAGAGCGAUCCAACCGGCGAAAAAUGGCUACUCAACGAGAAAAACGACGAAUGGAAAAGCUUAAUCACUGCAUCGAAGACAUCCGAACCAUCGUCUGCCCAGACAUGAAAACACCAACCAAAGCCAAGAUUCUUCGAGAAGCAAUCAAUCGAAUUCUCUACCUGGAAAAAGUCACCGCUGAGAUGAUGGGAAAAGGGAUGAUCCCGGCACAGAACCAGUCAUUUCCAGAACAACCGGUUCAAUCUGCGAAUCGAUCUGCUUCUCCAGUCGAAAAUCACAGUCAAGGUCAACUCUCGCCGGAUUCUAGCUACGCUGAGCAGCAAAACUACUCUCCAGAAACUUCUCUCGCCUUCGCUCAUUCUCCGGAUUCUGGAGUCCUGACUCAGGAACCUGCCCAAGCUUCUCCCCUCUUCAACCAAGAAAACAGCAACUCUGCUCUUCCUCCUGUAACUCAAGUCGUCACCGGUGAAUUCCCAGCUUGCGAUUACUACGUCUACGAGACAGCGGUCGGACAGCCAGACCAACCAGAUCAACAAGCCUACUUCAUGCAAGAUGAAAUUGUCUGCUACCAGUAUGAGUAA